CUUUUUAUUGUUUAGAAUUUUUAUUCAUAUUUUUAUCUUAUAAGUCCUUUAUAGUCAUUUUACAUAAUCGCUCAUAUUAAAAAGCACUUCUAAUACAGUCAAACGCUGACUCACUUCUACUGUCACUCCAGGAAUUGGCCAAGUGUAACCACUUCCUAAAGCGUAGUAUAGCGGGUUUAGGUUUAAUUAUCAACCCGGUUCCUAGAUUUGAUAACUACUCAGUGAAUUCUUGUUAUCUAGCAAUGAAACUUUAAUGCAAGUCUAAACUAACAAACUAGCAAAGCAAGUAAACGGUUGUAUUCAGGUUAAGAGAGGUCACCCGGAUAUGGUUCCCCCUAGACUGCAGUUAAGCCGGAUUGUAAUUACCAAGUUCAGUUUCUAUGAUAGUUAUACUGCGAAAGGUUCUUAAACAGCCUGAAGUCUCGACUAAAGGUCUUCAGACCCUCUCAAUCUGAGUCUCUAGCGGGCGACUAACCUCCACCGGAGUAAACAGAUUGAGGCCUUAACAAACAAAACCUCCACUACCGGAGUAAAUCCGGUACAGAAUAGUGAGUUGGCUCCUCGACUAAAGUCACCAACUCCCUACCUUCAAUCAAGGAUGCUCUAUCAACCUAGGCAGAUAUUCUCAUUCUAGGUUAAAGCAGAAACAACAGGAAUUUGAUCAGGAUUCAAGUCAUUCAAUCAUUCAAACCUCAAUCGAAUAUAAUCAAAUCAUAGAAUCAGUGCUUGGGUUCAUACAAUCAAAGCCUAACAUACAAAUUUAGGGUUCUCCAUACCCAGAUGAAUGGGAGAACUACUCCAUGGAGAAAGAAGCAAAAGCAGAAUCAGACGCGGAAUUCAUACUGUGAAGGAUGGAUUCCUGCUCCUGGACGUUGAUCGGCACUUCUCCAAGCUCAAACUGGCCUCCAAUGGUGUUGAAGAUCAAGCUAGGGCACUUGGAGACUCUUGUCCGUCGCUUUCUCUCUCUAGGAAUCGCUCUGUCUCUCUAAAACUCGAAUCCCCUUCUGUUUUGGCUGAAAUCUGCUUAAAAGGGCAUCAGUGGCCAAAGCACGGUCGAGGGCACGGCCGUGCUUUGCCUCAGCCCGCCCGUGCUUUGGCUAGGGUUAAUUACACGGCCAUUGUGUUGGUGCAAACACGACCGUGAUUUUGGGAGAACACGGCCGUGCUUUGGGUGGACACGGCCGUGCUUUCAGCCCGUGUAAUAAGCUCAUGUUUGCCAAACUCGAAUUAGCUCUCGGCAGUAAAAGCACGGCCACAGAACACGGCCGUGUAAUGCUUUAGGUGUGCCCGUGUUUUGGCUCCAGCUCAAUGAAAUGACUUCCGAAUGCCCCGAAACUCGUGCUUAGCCUUUCCUUUGACGCCUGGGACCUGAAAUAUGACAAAAUAGCACAACCCAACGUAAAAUAGGCCAAAAAUACACGACUAUGCCCCUCAAAUGGAUAAGAACUAGGGGCGCAAAUAUGUGCAAUUACAUCGUUAUCAAACACUAAAUUGCUUUUUUUGAAAAGUACUUAUAUAAAAGCUCCAGCCAGAAGCUGCUUCUGCAAAAGCUACACCAGAGCCAAACUAAGCUAUUGAAGAAGAGUGGUUGGGAGAAGGUGAUUCGGGCCUAAUUGUACAUGUUUUACCCCGUUUUACUUAGAUGUUUGUAGCAAAAUCGCUCCUAAAAGGUUGGUUUUACGCUAGGUUUCUUGUGUUUUAGCGUGUUUCGGGAAUUAACAGGUGAAACAAAGGAUAAAAAACGGGGAGAAGAGGUGAAGAAGGCAGUUCACGGCCUAGACGGGAAGUUCACGGACUUGCUUGGCCGUGAAGAGGAGCUGCUGACCGUGAAUCGCAAGGCGUCCAGAACAUUUUGAGAAGUUACUGACGCAAGGUGUGUUCACGGUCACUAAGACCGUGAACGAAGGCCGUCGACCGUGAACGGGCGUGAUCGAAGUGUGACGUUUUGGCGCACGACUGGAGUUCACGGACGCGUUUGAUGAUUCACGGCCAUGAACUCAGGCCGUGAACUAUGAUCGUCCCUAGUAUAAAAUGUGAGCUGGAAGGAGGAGAGAAGUGAGAGCCACUUUGUGAGAGAAAUUUUCUUCUGCAGUCUAGAGAGAGAAACACGAACCAAGAGAAGAAGAAAGCUAGGGUUUGCUCCAAGGUGGAUUUUGAGGAGAAUUCCUUCAAGGAAAUUCCAACACAAGGAUUAAGAAGAGUGGGAGCAUCCUUCAAGAUGGUUUUCUUAUUUUCUCCUUGUAUUUUCCUCACUUCUAGUAUGGAGUAGUUUUCCCUUUCACUUGGGUGUUGUGAAACCCUAACUCUACUAUGUAGUUUUCUGUAUGUGUAUCUGAAUGAUUGCCAUUGGAUAUUGUUUAAUUCAAAUGGUUGGUAUUUUUCACUUGAUUCUGCAUGUUUAUGCUUAGCAUCCUUAGGCUUGUGCAUGUUUAGUGCUUAGCAACCUAAGGUGUGCGCAUGUCUAUGCUUAGCAAUCCAAUUAGCCAUUUAACGUAAUUUAGAGAGGGAAACCUCCCCUUCUAAGGGAGUCUCAAUUGAGUUGGUGUCCCCUAGGGCUUUCUAAGACUUCUAACUAGGUUAAUUGAGGGCAAACCUUAAUAUUGAAUUAAACAAUUUGGUAAAGCACAAUUAACCAUCCAACCCUUGGGUUGAAGAGAGGAAGUAAGUCGACCUAAGAGUGGCUAAACCGAGAGGGCAUAGUGACAGCCUAUAAUGCAUGCCUUGGUUUAGAAAUCUUGAGAGUGGUCUAUGAUUACAUUCGCGUCCCUUAGUGGUUAGUGUUUGCCUCGCCCAAAGCUAUCAUCCCGGUUCACGUACCAUGGUAGGAGUUAGGGGGAAGCAACACCGAUUGAUCUUCCCACAAAGAGUUUUUCAAAACCAAUCACCUCUGCCUUAGUUUAUUUUACUUUGCAAACUUUUAAACCAAACCUUUGAUUGCUAGAUAAUGAGUCCAACGAUUGAAGUAGGGGUAUACGGACUGGCCCGGGUUGAUAUUUAAACAUACUUUUCCUAUACUACACCCAACUAAGGUUUAUACUUGGGCCUUAGACGGAAAAUCAUUGUGGUAUUCGGAACGAGUCAAGUUUUUGACGUCGUUGCCGGGGAACCGCGGUCCAUUAUUUUGAACAGGUCGCUUAGUGUUACUCUAGCAUUUUCUAUCUUGUCUUUUUGUUUGUGUUUAGUGUUUGGUGUUAUGUCUUGAAGGAUGGUUUGUGUUUGUUUGAUUUUCUUUUUGUGUUUUUGUUUGUUUAGGAUAUGAACCAUGGAUCCCAACGGCUUCUACAAUAUGUGGGGGUAUCCACAACCACCCAAAUGGGGGUACCCCGGAGCUUCAUGGAGUGAACAAGAAGGGGGAAGCCAAGGAUUCGGGUUCUAUUACCAACCCCCCUUCCAAGAAGAACAACCAUACCAAUGGGGGUACGAAGAGGCUUCCCCAUAUCAAGAAAAUUUCCCUCCACAACCCGAGGAGAAAUCCAAGUUGGAAUUGACCAUGGAGGCUUUCAUGGCACAAGCCUCAGAGAGCAAAUUGGACUUGAAAUUUGGGUUUUGCAAAAUCAUAGAUAUAUGAGGGUUUGAGUUCAUAUGGACUUGAAAAAUACCAUUGUUUGUUUCAUAGAUUUCAAGGUGUCAAUUGGGCGGGUUCGGGCGAGUUCGGGUCGGGUUCAAUUAGGUUGCGGGUUAGUCGGGUUUUGGAUUUAUCAGGUCGCGGGUUCACCCGGUUCGGGUACAUCGGGUUCGGGUUCAAACGGGCUGCGGGUGAAUCGGGUUUGGGUUCAAUCGGGUUGCGGUUUCAUCGGGUUGCGGGCCGAGCGGGUUGUGGGUCGAGCGGGUUGCGGGUUGUUUGGGUAAGCGCUUCAAGUAACUUACUCCUUAAUCGCUACCAACUUAUACAUUUUAUUACACUAAUUUAAAAUAUUUUUCUCUAUUUUUAACCAAUUUCUUUCUACGGCGUAUACAUAUUUAAUUAAAAAGUUUAGCCAAAAUGUUGAAUCAAUUUGUAUGACAUGCAAACUUGUUAUGUAAUUAAUCGUAAUUGGUAAAGUACACUAGCUAAUAGCAAUGGUGAUAUCAACAUUUGUAACCAAAAAACACCAUUAAUUGUUUAUUUGAUAUUUUAAUAUUAUUUUAUUAGUAAUUAGAUUAAAGUACCUCAUUUAGUAGAACCAUGCAAAUAUAAUAUUUGGCAAUGGCACGUGGUAUUUGGCUCAAGCACAGUGGUAAAAAGAGUUAUUUCGAAAUAACACAUUGCCCAAAUAACUUCAGUAAAAUGUUGUCACACGAGUUAUUUGUAAAAUUGUUUGAAUUACCCUAAAUAUUGAACCAUUAAAGAUUGACUAUCAAUUUUAGUCAAAUUGUUGUGACUUCAAUCAUAACUUACUCAAUAACACAUAUCCUAUACACUUAACCUUACCAUCAAUCAACAAUAUUAAGUUAGUAUAUGUUGUUAAUCGUAUACCCUAAACCAUCAAUACAUUAUACACUAACCACAUACCUUAUACCCUAACCAUAUAUCCUUAUGAGUUCUGAUUUUGCUACUAUGGUUAAUUUAAAGUGAAAUUUAGACUUUGAUUUUCAAAACAUAGAUAACAAAGUGAUAUUUGCUAUGCCCUAACCAUAUAUCAUAUACUCUACACCAUAUACCCUAUACCCUAACCACAUACCAUAAACAUAAAUUAAAACGGGAUCUCUUGCCGUUAAGACUUCAAAUGACUUCAAGUGAACAUAUGUUAAUAAAAAACUUAGAACCGU